AUGGUCACUCUGGACUAUCCAACGCCUGUGGGGUUGCUUUUGGCUGCUGGAGAGCUGAAGAUGCCAUUCUCAGAUACGGUCAAGUACUGCAUCCUGGGCAUCUCUGUCACUCUGCUUCUGCUGGCUCUGGGCAUCUUGGCCUGGCAGACCUUCAAAUGCUGCACCCAGACACACGAAACAUACACCCGGCAAGAUACAAUGAACAGUGAUCUGUUGUACUCAGAUGAAAAGUUAACAACAGGAGGAAAACAUUCAGGAGCUGCGAGUACUAAGGUGGAGGAAGUCAGCACUGAGGUCCACAGGCUGAGUCGUUGUCUGUCUCAGGCCCCGUUUCCUUCCUCAGGAUCCGGCCAGGCGGAGGGAGACAUGGGAGAGCAGGCCAACAUUAAAAAGCUGCAGUCCCGUCUGGUGGUCACCAUUUUGCAGGUGGAGGGGCUUCUGGAACACAGCCAGACCUGCAGCCUCCAGCCAUUUGUUAAGAUACGACUCAUGUGGACAGGAUCCGAAGGAGUGGAAGUGGAGGGCUAUAAGGAUGAAGAGGAUGAAGAGUCAGCACCUGUUCUGUGGACAGUAUUGCAGGAGUGGCGGACUCGCAUUGUGAAAGGCAGCUGUAACCCUUUAUUUGGAGAUCAGUUCAGCUUUAUUCUGCAACAGGAUAAAGACAAGCUUCAUCGCAUCAACCUCAGGAUGGAGGUGAGGGACUUUGAUAAAUUCUCCAGACACACAGUGUUAGGAGAGGUGAGGGUUCCUCUAGGGCAGCUCAACAUCUCCUACCGUCUGGAGCUACAAGAGGAUCUGCAGAUACCCCAGAAGGAUCUUGUAGGAGAGGUGUUGCUGUCAAUGAAGUUUCUUCCCACUUCUCAGAGGCUAGAAGUUGGUCUGCUAAAGGUCAGAACAGUCCUCACUGAGAUAUGCUCAGAUGCAGCCCUGUACGCCAGGAUCAGCGUCCAGUGCAACAAGUGCAAGUUGAGGUACCAAAAGACCUCUGUAGUGGCCCGCUGCCUGGUGACUGCCUUCAAUGAGGUGUUCAUGUUCUCCCUGCCAGAGUUUCCUCUGGAGCGGUGUAAAAUUAUGGUCUCUGUGUACGAGACUCAAACAACUAGGAAAUCAACCAAACAUCUGAUGGGACAGUUGACUGUGGGUAAGGAGAGGAGUUCAGAAGAUGAACACUGGAACCUGAUGAUGCGCUCAGUCCGCCAGCCAAUAGCAAAGUGGCAUGGCCUGCUGAUCUGAGUUACAGCCCAUAAACCCCCUCUCCUGCACUUCUUUGAUGUCCGUUCCGGUUUGUAUUUAACUAGAAGCUGUGAUGCUUGUGCAUCAGGCUGUUGAGGGAUUUGCACCUGCUUAACUGAAGGCCAAACGUGGACUAAUUUCUCUCUUGACUCCAAAGUGGUAAAAAGGUCCUCCUGUUCCAGUCAGGACAGUGGAGUGGCUGCUCAACUCAAAUCCAAGGUUGUUCAAUCUACUUGUUCACUCACACCUCUUCUGUCUUUCUUUUUAGCUUCAAAUCUCAUCAUAUUGAAAGGGCUCUAAAGAUCUAACCUUUGCAUCCCUGACUUUUGAUGAAGAUUACUUUAGUGUUGCACUUACUGUUCUCACUCGUUGAAUAACUGUUGUUUUUGUUCCUGCAAUAUUUAUCUUAAAGCUGUGCUGCUCUUCUGUGCCUAUUUUAAAAACUGUCCACUCCUAAUAUAUUAAAGCCUUAUAUUGCAACCCUGAAUGUUCAGUAAAUUUAGCAAUUCACCGUGAAUAAGGAUUAGCUAAGGGCUUAUACUGUAUGUUACAGUAACUAAAUAGUUCAUUUAAAGUGGGUGUUGAAGUGGAGUGGCCAGGGCUUGACCCUUAAAAUAUCUUGAAAAGGAAAUAAAUUUCAACAUAAAACCUUGCCAAAGGUAAGUGGCCUUAUUGUGAAAAAGCAAAACAUGGCACGAUCUUCAUGCUUAUAGUCAGCAAUUUUAAAUAUAUUUUUUAAUAUAUUUUUUGAUUUGUCAUGGUUUGUAGC